AUGUUGCAACUCCCAGAUCUCCGUCGUGAUGGCUUCGAAACUGAGCCACCCUUAUUCCGCUGUCUUGUGGCUGAACAAAUAAAUGAUCGUAACAAGGAAUUGGUGGGAUACGCUCUGUACUUUUCGUCGUACUCGACUUGGCAGGGUCGUGCCUUGAUGCUACGGGACAUCUUCAUAAAAGAGCGAUGUAGGAAACAGGGCGUCGGCAAGAAACUCUUCAACGCAGUCGCUAAGGUAGCGUCUUCAUCUGGUUGUUCCCGUCUGGAGUUCCACGUGUUAGGGUGGAACGAUGCUCGGUCGUUUUACGAGUCACGUGGUGCAAGGGACCUGACUUCAGCCGAGACCUGGCGUUACUACCGCCUUGAUGAUGACGCCCUCCAUGCGGCUGCUAGGGAAGCUGACAUAAUACAUUGA